AUGCCCACAACUACAGAGAGCUUCAAUCCGUCACCCCGACGGCCCCUCCCCAACGGAUACACACUAAAUAUGCCGUAUCCCAAUGAACUCGGAGUCGGACCCUUGGUAGAAAACCCUUCCUCUCUUUCUCUCCCCGAGGAUUUUUCUCCUUCUCCUCUACAUAAUCCUCCUCAUAAAUUCGUCGAAGAACAAGAUAAUUACGAACCCGGCCUCCUCUGUCUGCACCCCUGUAGCCUGGGGGCCUGGCUGCCUUCAGUCCAAUCAGAUAAGAUAAGAUCCCGAUCGAAUCCAGCUAAUUCCAACAUCCUCAACGCAUUCUCCAAAAUGAAAACCCAAACCUACAACUUCCGCUCCCUCUUCUCCCGCCUCGGCCCUUCCAAACCCACCACAGCCACCACAACCACCGCAAUCACUACCAGCAAGCCUCCAGCUCCCAAAAAAUCCAGGUCCCUUUUCUCUAUCAUCAAACUGUUCUAUUCGAGCCGUCCAAAGCAUCAUCACGCAAAAAUUAGAAUAAACAUGGACACCAACCUUCCUAGGGUCUUCAUAACAGCCGAUACCAACGACUUCGACCCAAUUGAGAUCGCACAAUGGCAAGCGGAGGGAUAUGAAGUCGAGUAUAUCCCAAGAGCUGAUUCACAUACGUUCGAACUACUCGGCGAUACUCUCGAGAGUAACGAAAAGUAUUGUAUUAUUGCUUACGGGGCCGCGGCUACCCUCGCUUUGGAAUACGCAUUGUACCCUGUCGGUAACCUUGUCGCUUUGAUUGCUUACUAUCCAACCGGUCUUCCUUCCACUUUCCCAUCGGAUGAAUACCCAAAACGAAUCCGCCACAUCUUCGUCCACGUUCCAGAUGCUCAACCGUUCAACUAUGAUAUCACCAAAAAAGUCCCCUUGCUCAAAUACCAACUCUAUCAAAAUACCAAACAAGGUUUCGCUGAAAAGAUGACAAUCAAUUACAACCCCAUCGCCCAUGGGUUAGCUCAUACAAGAAGUUUGGCAAUUGUAAGGGAAGUUUUAGGUCCAAAUGUGGAUUUAGAAGAGAUCUGGGGGGAGCAUUUGCUCGCUUCCUUUGUUGCGAAGAAGGCGAAUAGAACCUUGGAUAGUAUGGUCAAGGAGCCUUAUGUCAAUCACAUCCCAACUCUAACGGGUGGAAAUGGCUACGCUGAACUCCACCGCUUCUACAACGAAUACUUCAUCCCUAACAACCCCCCUUCUUUAUCCCUCCGUCAAAUUUCACGCACAGUCGGUGUAGACCGUGUUGUCGACGAAAUGAUCUGUCGAUUCGAACAUACGACCGAGAUCUCCUGGAUGCUUCCCGGUGUUAAGCCUACAGGCCAUACAGUCGAAAUUCCAAUCGUUAUCAUCGCAUGUAUCAAAGCACAAAAGGUUUUCGCAGAACAUGUUUACUGGGAUCAGGCUUCCGUGCUCAAACAGAUUGGACUAGUCGACUUUACGGGAUUACCCGUUUCAGGGCCAGAGAGUGCUUGGAAGCUCGAGGAUAAAGAAUCCGUUGCUGGGAACUUUAUGUUGGAGGGGUGGGACGAUACUCUUACUAAUGAUGGGAGUGCUACUGUUACUGAAGAGGUUACGGGGGGGCAUGGUUUACCUUAA